AGCAGAAUCUUAUUGCAUGAUUUAAAAAGUUGGUGUGCAUGUAUGCAUAGGUAUAAAAUAACGGACUUUCAUGGUGACUACCAUCCUCCACAAAACAAGACAUCUGUCGACGAAACAUCAAUCACAACAUAAAAAAAAAUGUCGGCGAAAUGUCUGUCGGCGGAUUGGUUGUCGGCAGAUUGGCUGACGGCGAAACGUCCAGUCGGCGAAAUUCGGUGUCGGCAAAUUCGGACGUCAGUGAAGGUUUUUUUCGGUCAACUGUCUGUCGGCUAAGUUCUCGGCAAACUGGCAUUGGGCGAAAUGUCCUAAUUUAUAUUUUACCAUAGGCCUACUGUUCCGUACCACACAAAACCCGAAUAUUUUUAUGUUAGUAACAUCACAAUGCUUGUAUAUUUUAUUACCUAUAAUCCAUUCACUUAUUACAGAUUAUGAUUCAGCGAUGUUUCAAUUACUAUUCCCUUAUUUACAAAUUUAAUCAUGUUCACAGUUCAGCAUUAUAAUCAAUGCCAUUGUCAGAACAGAAUGUCAGCAACGACGUCGUUGGUAAACCAUAACAAAAGCACGUGGUCGUUGCCAAUGUUUCUAAUUCAGAGUCGGGGCCCAGCAAAGCAUUAUGGGCGAUGACAGCUGUGGGACUGAAUGAAUGAAUGAAUGGAGCCUGAAGUUGGUUUUCUCGGUAGUGGAAAGAUAGGAGCGGAAUAAGAAAUUCAACUUUCUUCCCAUUUUGCAAAAUGGCUUCGAAGGCCGGGAGAAAUACAGCGUUUCAGUCGCUGGCUGCUGUGUCUACAAGGACAGCUGCAGUUUGCUAUGUCUGCGGGGCUCAGAGUGCCGAAUGCCGACUGCGAGUUAGACCACACGGGAAAGAGUCUUUCUUUCCAUUCUUGGAAUAUCAUGAAGCUCCAACAGGAGUAACAAUCAACAAAGAUGGUACUGUGGAUGCUUGCAGGGUGUGCUAUGCUUUCCUGCUGCAGCAGUGGUAUGCUUUUGAGAAAUCGCGAACACCAAUUGUCAAGAGGUUGUAUUGGUUAAAACGUCUUGAGAGCUGUGGAUCACCUGGUAACAACCGUCCAGACCCCCAAAUGCAGGUGAGUCCGCAAAUGCGUGAAGAAAUGUAUAAAUUAAACAUUCGUGACCCAGCUUAUGUAGAUGAACACUUUGAUACACCAGAUUUACUUGCGAAAACAGAUUUCAUUGACAAGAAACGCGAGGAUUUCGACGCUCCAAUUGAUGUACCGAAAUUCAGUAUUUGUUAUUGUUGCAGUCAGACAACUCCACAUAAUUCUGUUUGCGUGGUGCACACAAGUCAUUGGUCAAAGUCCGAGUCGCCAUAUUUCCCUUGCAUCCUAGGUCACACACCUCCAACAGGAGCUAGACCGGUGGAUAAUCUUGGGCGGGUUCUCAUGUGUGAACCCUGCGCUAACUACCUUUUGCAACAAUGGCAAGCAUUUGAAUUGAAUAAUAUGCCGUUGCACAAACGGAAGUAUCGGUUACGAUCGGCUCAGGAGAAAACAUUUGAGGGAUCUUCAAGCAUAACUAAAAUUGUCUGUCUUACUUGUGGUAUGAAAACAGCUGUUAGUAGCCUGCAGUUGGUGCACUCGCGUGGUAACCUCAAUAAGGAACCGUUUUAUCCAUGUUUAGAAAAAUGUACCCCUCCCAAAGGGGCGUUCCCUCUAUCUAAAGAUGGCAUUGCCAAAAUUUGCAGUUCUUGUGCUACAUCCCUUUAUGAGCAAUGGAAUGCCCAUGAAGUUACUCAGACACCUCUUAAAAAGCGUAUUUACCAUGUCAACAAUAAGCCAGUUGGAUAUACCUUUUCACCAGAUUUAAAGAAUAAAAACUCGCGUCAGAAAAUUGAUGAAUCUACCAAUCAAGAAGUAUGUUAUAUUUGUAGCAAAUCAACAUUGCAGAGUUCUGUCCAUUCAGUUUAUACUUGCGCUCCUAAGGAUAGUACGCAUACAGUGCCGUAUUUCCCCUUUAUAAAAAGCUUUGAAUGCCCGUCUAAGGCAAAGCCUAUCGAUAGUUCUGGAAGAGUUCGCGUCUGUGAGGAUUGCAAUGGCCAGUUAAAAGCAAAGUGGGUGAAAGCCGGGAGAAAUGGUUUUGAAAAGGAAUUUAAACCGAUACAAGAAAAUGGAAGUGUGGAGUGUGCCAGUGGUAGUAAACCAGCAUCUGGUCAAAAUAUAAUCGGCAAGUGUUUCAUUUGUGGUUCUAAAGAAGACGCAUCCGAGUUGAAUGACCUUCAGUGUUAUCCAUCGAAUGAGGAAGAGGGCGUUCCCUUUUUUCCGUUUCUGUCGAAUCCAAAAGCUAGCUACAAUUCCGAAUUUACCCCAACCAACGGCAUAGUCCGAGCGUGCACUUUCUGCUACGUCAAUAUGGUCAUUCAAUGGGAUGAUUACGAACAUUCCGAUUCGCUGAUGGAUCAUAAUCGUUGGCUUCGGCCGUAUCAUAUGAGGAGGUUUACUUGUUUCACUUGCAGUAAGGCUGCUGACAUUAGCAAUAGAAAGCUGUUGAAUAUAGCUCAGUUUAAUGGCCUUCUUGCAUUGAACAAGCCUUUUGGGGCUAUUUUGAUGGAGGAUCGUCAGGUUGCAGUUGUCUGCAACUCCUGCGAUAAAUCUCUGCGUGAACAGAAAAAAGCUUUUGUGGAUAUGUGUAUACCUGAAAGUGAGCAACACUUCAAACUGGACCAAGCAGAGGUAUGGUUUUCUUUUUACAUAUAAUGUACAUUAUUUAUGUGAAUAAAUGCCCGAUUGUUUAG